AUGGAAGAUAGACAUUUAGAAGGUGAGGAAAGCCCUAUGGACGUCAGCCAUCCUGGUGAUGACGAGGACGAGGGCGAUCAUUUUGGUGUCGAGGAGCCGGAUUUCUUUGAGCUGGGAAAGAACACAAGCGGGGAGUCACUCAUCAAUGCACUUGAUGAGAUCCACCACUUCCCCCAACCGGAUACAGUUUCAUCAAUGAUCCCAGUGUGGCUAUAUGUUCCACAAAGACCAGAAGUUCUUCAGCAACUUGUGCAAUUGAACCACGCAUUUGUCAUGUUGACUAAGGGAUCAUACGACCUCAUCGGAUAUCUAGCUGAUCACUACCAGAUCAGUCCAAUCUAUUGUGACACCGCUUUAAAGCAGGGUCAACCUUGGCUUCAUCAACUUUACCAGAUUGGGUGGCUGAUUCUCGAGGAGGCGGAUACCACUCAGCUUGUUCUUCAUGCUUUAUUCCACAUGAUGAAGAGAGAACCUAGCCAGCCGGUGGUGCUUAUAUCAGUGCGAUCAGCUCCACUUAUUGUAGACCUAAUUCCCAAGGUGUUCCACUGCCAACGUGGUCGAUCAGUUCAAUUCCACCCUGCACCAUUUCCGUAUGGUUAUCCGCCCCCUGCAUAUCCCACUGCCACCCCAACAGCACAAUCUACGUCCGAGGCCCAGGCCUCCUCCUCAAAUAUUGUCAAGACAUACCCCUUAGAUACACCCCUGUCCUCCGAUGCAUUCUCUACCAUUGACCUCCAGCCCAUGUCCAACGCGGACUUGGAUUUUGGCUACCAACACUGGGGGUUAUCUACUACCACAUCUAUCAGCAGCGUCAGCGAGUCAACAUGGCCAGUGUCAAAUGAACUGAUAGAAGCAUCUUACAAGCAGCCAGUCCUCAACAACUUUCAUCCUGAUCUGCAAUGGAGAGACAAGAACGCUAGCGAGUGGACUAACUUAAACCAGUCACAAAGAUCGACCCUUAACCGUGAAAUGAAGCAAUCCCUUUGGCCACGUAUCGUGCUGCUGACAAGGUGGCUCUUCAUGGGAGCUUUGUGGAUAGGGCAGGAUAGAGACUCACUCAGUGUCUCUCCGGCGGACGUAAGGCGUUUGAUCACCAACAGCUUCCUUAUCGCGCUUGAUAUGAUAAACACCAGCUAUGAGGAAAUGCUCGCACAGCAAGUGAUUGUCAUUGAGGAUGGACAGACCGUCUCUGUAGGAUGGAAAGCAUUCCGCGUGAAUUUGGCUAAGACCCUUGAUAAUGUGAAGGCAGAGCUAAGGAAGGUGAUCAAAGUGCACAAUAUGGAAGAAAGAAUCAACUACUUCGUUUCGCUUUUGAACUCUGACAAGCGCUAUCAAGUGCAACAGGCCAUUUCAGAACUUAUAGUGGAGCAACUUUUCAGAGAGCUCCUGUGGGCAUCCCUACUCCAUCCGAUCAGUGGGUUGGGAGAUGAAGGCCGCAAUGGGAGGGUAGCGGAUCUCUUUCCAGAAGAGAUACUUUCAAAGUUCAAGUGCUUGGCGCAACAGCCGAUCUACAGCACCAUGACUGUGGUCUUGAAGGAAAUAAACCCGAGCAACAUCGACUAUCAUACACCAGACAUAAUGCACGUCAUCAUUAUGUCGGCCUUGGACGAGAUGUAUGCACAGCCCCACCUGUAUCCCGACUUCAGAGGCGCGGUAAUGGCCCUUCCCUUCCUAACGGAGCGUAACGUCCUGCCCAUCGAGCCCAAGUCGCAACGCCCGGGAUUCGUCUCGAAUAGGUCAAGAAGGAGGAGAAUGUUGGACGUUGUCGAUAUCAACACUCAGUCAAAUACUAAUGAUGCUAGCAUGGACGUGUUCGGCGAAGUUCCGAAUAAUGGUGGUUUUACCUAUGAAAAGUCUCUCAGAUCAGUAUGGGAUGUACCCGAAUCAUACUUCACAGUCUGGGGAACAAGUCUGUCACAGAUUCCGGUAGUGCAGUGUCAGCCGCUCGGCUCAAUUUGGUCGGAGUUUUGUUAUGUCAGCUAUAGUUGUGCAGCAUGCACACUGCACAGACAGUUCUUCUCAACGUUCCUCAUAACUUUUUCGUCCCCCGAUGGCUCUUUCGUGCCUGCUACCCGCCGCCCUUAUCAAGCACGUUCCCAUUCUCCAUCCAGUGAGAACCUCGAAGCAGCACCCCCUCAGCGGCUGUAUGUAACCCGAAGAUACUCCGCCCCACAGACCCACGUUUCAACCGAACCCUGCGUUAGUGAUGCAAACAAAUCUCGUCUAAGAAGUCCCUCGAUUUACAACGACCCUUCCCCACUCUCCUGUUUCAGCAAGUCUUCCGUCUUUGUCUCAGGAUACAUCUCUAGGUCCUGCGCAUCUGGUGCACUCAGUGUCACUUUGCGUUUGAUGGCCAGAUUCAUAGCAAGCCAGAAGCUCCGGACAGAACUAUACGUCCUGUCAUUCUUGCUGAAAGAUCGCGUCUAUCCUGGCAAUCUUUGGGAAUUAGUCGGGGAGCGCAGUAUAGAGGCGACGCAGGAGGAAAUUCUGCGAAGACAUCAGAGCACCUGUACCAGUAGGGACGACGAAAGGCAUGCAACCAUAGAGCAAAUGCUCAUGGAUGAGAGGAAGAAGCGGUGUCAGAUGGAGGAAGAAAGGCAAGCGCCCAUCAGUUUGAAUUGCAUUAGCCCCUCAUUACCCCUCUCGAGCACAUGGGUCACCACCGAUGUCCAAGAGGCCUUUUACAAUGCAUUCCAAGAAGAACUGAACAUGCAGGCAGAACUGAUGACGAUGUCCCUCGCUACCAGGCACAAUAACACCUAUCUGCGCAACCUUGGGCUGGAUUUACUAAUCCUGCAGUCCAAGACGCGCUGCACCGAAGCUGAAAUUGAACUCUAUAACGUGGCCAUUGAAAAUGCCCAUGGGUUUGAUCUCUGUGGCAGCAGUUCAAAAACACCCCUCGACAGAACCAUUCGAAGACCUCUAUGCAAGGCAGUGCACUGUUACAACGAGGACGAGGAAGUUGACGAUGGUUCAGAGGGCUAUGAAGACUAUGAAGACUGGAAAUUGUGA